GACUCGAGACAGUGCUCCGUAGUCCGUACUGUGCCUAGUGAAAAUUGCUUGGAAGACGGACCGCGACAGCUCUACAUCGAGUCACGCCAAUGUGUGCGGCUCAUAAAUCUAUCGCCGUACCACUACCAUAUUCAUCUCACGGACACACGUGUGAACCGAGAAUGCGGGAAUAAUCGGAGGCGACACGGCGAGACGCGUUGGUUGUUGUCUAACGUUUAUUGUUGAUCUGCGAGUGAAAUCACUGCUGGCUACGAAAUGUCGGGGAAAAUAGAGAGCAAGCAAGACUCCCAGCGCUCCCACCUCUCCUCCUUCACCAUGAAGCUGAUGGACAAGUUUCACUCCCCGAAGAUCAAGAGGACGCCGUCCAAGAAGGGCAAGCAGCUGCAGCCCGAACCGGCCGUCAAGAGCACUGAGAAACCUGUCAACAAGAAGGUGAGUCGUCUGGAGGAGCAGGAGAAGGAGGUGGUGAGCGCCCUGCGCUACUUCAAGACCAUUGUGGACAAGAUGGUGGUGGAGAAGAAGGUUCUGGAGAUGCUGCCUGGAUCGGCCAGCAAGGUUCUGGAGGCCAUCUUGCCUCUGGUCCAAGCAGAGGCCCGGAUCCAGCAGAGCUCGGCACUGUCCUCCUGUCACAACCGUGUGUACCAGAGCCUGGCCAAUCUGAUUCGCUGGUCAGACCAGGUGAUGCUGGACGGCAUCGACCUGGAGGACAAGGACAACGUGGUCGCAGUCACCACGGUGAUCAAGGCCGUGCUUGACGGCGUCAAGGAGCUGGUGAAGCUCACCAUAGAGAAGCAGGAGCAGCCUUCACCCACCAUCCCCAUCAAGCCCCCUGCCCCUGCCACUGCUCCUGAGAGCUCGUCAGAGUUGCCCCUCACUGAGCUGGAGAAGGAGAUCCUGAGUAAGACCACGCCCCCGGCCACGCCCAAAGGCGCGGCGGCCCACUCCGCAGAAGAAGACGUGGCCCCGCCCAAACCCCCCCUCCCCGGGGCCAAGAUGGCGGAGCUCAGAGCACAGUUGAGUGCUGAUGCUGCCCAGAGGAGACCCUCCCAGAAGGACAACCCUCCCCCGGCGCUGCCCCCUAAGAAGCGCCAGUCCGCCCCCUCGCCCACCCGGGUGGCGGUGGUGGCCCCCAUGAGCCGGGGCUCUAGCCUACCCUGCAGCGUGCACCGACAGCAGCAGGACUACGAGCAGGAGUAUCUUCAGAGGCGUUUCUCGGGGGGCAGCCAGUCGUACGGGGGCGACUCCCCCCGCCUGUCCCCCUGCGGGAGCAUGGGCAAGCUGAGCAAGUCGGACGAGCAGCUGUCCUCCAUGGAGCAGGACAGCGGACAGUGCUCCCGCAACACCAGCUGUGAGACCCUGGACAACACAGAAAACUACGACCCGGACUAUGACUUCCUCCACCAGGACCUCUCCGUGGGGGACCACCUGCCCCCCGCCCCUGUGGGGGGGUGCCUGAGCCCCCUCCCGGAGUCCCACAGCGAGUCCUCCUCCCCCGUCCCCGGCCAGCUCCCCUCGCACCCCCGCUUCAGCGCCCCGCCCCCCCAGCACUCCGAGUACUGGAGUCCUCAGCCGCAGGGGGUCCCCGGGGGGGGCGCCCACCCCCUCUCCUCCCGUAGGAGCGCGCCCCCCGCCCUCCCUCAGAAGAAGCGACGCAGCGCCCAGGUGUCUCCCUUCCCGGACGGCGGCUCGCGGCUCCUGUACGAGCGCUACCCGUCGCAGUACGACAACCUGUCGGAGGAGGAGAUGCUCGCCACGCCGCCGUUCCCGCUCUUCACGCCGUCGCCGAGCAACGGCGACGUGUUCGUGGUGCAGUACGAGACUGGCGACGUGCCCACCAGCCCCCCGCCCCUCCCCGAGAAGAAGGCCAAACACAUCCUACAGUACAUGCAGUUCGUGGAGGACUACUCGGAGCCCCAGCCCUCGGUGUUCUACCAGACGCCGCAGAACGAGAGCAUCUACGAGCAGCGCAACAAGCGCUUCCAGGAAGUCUACGGCUUCAACGACUCCUUCUCCAGCACCGACUCUGUCCACGAGCCCCUGCCGCCUCCUGCCCUGCCGCCCAAACAGAGACAGCUGACCUCCCACUCCUCCUCCCCCUCCUCCUCCUCCUCCUCCUCUCUCUCCUGUCACUUCCAGCCCUCGGUAGUGGCCCUGGAGGAGGCGGGGCCUGGGCUGGGGCUCAGCAUGUCUGUCUCUAACUCCUACCUGAGUGGCCACGCCUCCCUGACCACGACCACGAGCUUGGACCAAGCUUCCUUGACCAAUGCCACCAUUCUGGAUGGCAGCGGGGGCGGGCCCAACGGUUCCCUGGCCGGGUCAUUGGGCUCUGUGGCUGUCUGUCUUCCUUCUGAGUCUUCUCUUACCGACUCUCUCCACACCUCAGCGAGUGAGAGUGCCAACGACGAGGGCGGCGAGGGGGAGUACGUCAACCUGUACUCGUCCAGCCAGGCCAAUGGGGAGCUCCCACUUCCCCUCAGAGAGCCAAUCGCAGCUGAUGAUGUCCUUCAAGACUCCGCCCCUCAGAUGCCGUCCUCCAAUAGUAAAGAGGCUUUGGACAAGGAGAGAAGGCAGAAGUCUACAGAGUCGGGCCAAAGCGACGAGGAGGAGGUGGACGAGCUCUCUCUCAUUGACCAUAAGGAGAUUAUGAGCAGGAUUACACUAAAACAGGAGAACGAUGAUGGUCCUGACGUGAGGGCUGGAUCAGGAGACAUCCUGCUGGUUCAUGCCACAGAGACCGACCGCAAAGAUCUGGUGCUGUACUGUGAGGCCUUCCUGACCACCUACCGGACCUUCAUCACCCCUGAGGAUCUCAUUAAGAAGCUACACUACAGAUACACCAGGUUCUGUCACAGCCCAGACACCUUCAAAAAGCGGGUCAGCAAGAACACCUUCUUCGUGUUGGUCCGCGUGGUGGACGAGCUGUGUCUGGUGGAGCUGACGGAGGACAUCCUGAAGCAGCUGAUGGAUCUGGUCUUCAGGCUGGUGUGCAACGGCGAGCUCAGCCUGGCCCGCGUCCUCCGCAAGAACAUCCUGGACAAGGUGGAACAGAAGAAGCUGCUCCGAUACACCAACUCCCUCAAGCCGCUCGCUGCCAGAGGCGUCUCGGCCAGACCGGGGACUCUACACGACUUCCGCAGUCAUGAGAUCGCCGACCAGCUCACUCUACUGGACGCCGAGCUCUUCUACAAGAUUGAGAUUCCAGAAGUGCUUCUGUGGGCCAAGGAGCAGAAUGAAGAGAAGAGUCCCAACCUGACCCAGUUCACGGAGCACUUUAACAACAUGAGCUACUGGGUGCGCUCUCUGAUCAUCCAGCAGGAGAAGGCCCAGGACAGAGAGAAGCUGCUCCUCAAGUUCAUCAAGAUCAUGAAGCACUUAAGGAAGCUGAACAACUUCAACUCGUACCUGGCCAUCCUGUCGGCACUGGACUCCGCCCCCAUCCGCAGGCUGGAGUGGCAGAAACAGACCUCUGAGGGAUUGGAGGAGUACUGCACAUUGAUUGACAGCUCUUCGUCCUUCAGAGCGUACAGAGCAGCUCUGUCUGAAGUGGAGCCACCCUGUAUUCCAUACCUGGGUUUGAUCCUGCAGGAUCUGACGUUCGUCCACCUGGGGAACCCCGACCUCAUAGAGGGGAAGGUCAACUUCUCCAAACGCUGGCAGCAGUUCAACAUCCUUGACAGCAUGAGGCGCUUCCAGCAAGUGCACUACGAGCUGAAGCGCAACGACGACAUUGUCUCCUUCUUCAACGACUUCAGCGACCACCUGGCCGAGGAGGCGCUGUGGGAGCUGUCCCUGAAGAUCAAGCCCAGGAACAUCACUCGCCGCAGGACAGAGCGCGAGGAGAAGACCUAGAGACCUCGCCCCCCCCCCCCCCCGACCCCCCGUCUCCGCCCCUUCACAGGCUAGGCCACCCCCCUCCCUCCCACCGUGCUUCAGACACUACACUCACUUUACUACAAACAGACCCACAGAUGGAGGGACUGGGAGACCGACGGACACUAAGAGCAGGGGAGGAGGGAGGAGGAAGAGAGGAAGGGCAGACUGAGAAACUGGAGAUUAAAAACUGUUUACAGAAGCUCCACUGCUGUGGGAGACUGGGUUUGGGAUUAUAAUCUGCACUGGGAUUGGGAUUAUAAUCUGUCAACUCUGCUGUCUGCUAUGGAGUGAAGCUGGCAGGGGAGAGAGACCCUGUACAACCAUGGGAGAUAAGAGAGGAGGGAGAGGCACUGUGCUGCCAAGGAGGAGAGGAUGCAAGGAGGAGCCCUGACGGGGAGAGGACAGGGAGCUGAAGGCACCCUCCCGUCCGCUCCCUUCUGGAUUGGAGAUUGUGUGUGCGCUCGCGUGCGUGUUUGAGAUGAACACUACUCUAUAGCCACCUGAGAUAUUCCCAACUCACCCCGCCCCCCUCACCCACCCACCACUCCUCACCCCCAUGUGUUUGCCAUGGGGUCAGCCCCCCCACCCACACACACACUUCACCCCAGCACACCUUCCCCAGUGUUCCGGAACAGUCUGACAGGAACUGUGAUUUCACAAAGCAGACUGGGCUGGGAGUGGGUGUGUCUUGGGCCGGGUGGCCUCUGAGGGGUGGAAAGACCAUGAGGGGCGGGACUUACUAAAGAGAUUUUGUUCCGAGUUUUUUUGUGUAAGAAUCAUGUAUGGUUAUGAUGUAUUAUAUACAAUACUCCUUUUGUUCUGAAAAAGGAUGUUUAUGCUCAAAUGAGAAGAGCUCAUUUUAGAGAGCUUCUCCCAAGUUCCAUAGAAAUGUGCACUAAAAAAAGCAACAAAAAAAUACACAAAAAAGAGAAUUACUAAAGAUGCUGUGAUCUAUGUCUGUCAUUCUCAAUCAUUGUGUGCCAUGUUCAAGUAUAGACCACCAUCAGGCAAUCAGAAUCACGUGUGUAGUUCAAACGUGCGUGUGUACAGUACUCGUCAGAAAGUGUGCAUGGGGCAAAGAGUGUGCGUGUGGGAAUGAGAGAAUGUGAAAACGUAAACAGCAGUCCAUUAGAGACGUGUUUUGUCAGUCCAUUCAGUGCUCUAGUUUUUCCAUUCAUAUUUCUUUGAAAUAAUCGUCUCAAUCCACACAUCACUGUUGUUCUCCAAACCCAAUAAAACUGCUCUGUUUAUA